UCACCUCCAAUUCCACCGAAGCAACGUCAUGUUAUUCAAUAUAUGCAGACUUUUGGAAACAAAAGCGAAGAUCAGGACGACUUCUUCAAGGGCUCAACACUUGCUUCAUACAUUGUGUUGAACGAUAAUCUACGUUAUCAUGAGGAACAGUACAAGAAACGAAUUUCAUUCGAAUUUUCAUUAUCCAGAGCAGCUGUGUCAAGUCAGAACUUCUCUGAUUUGAGCCAACUGUUACAGUACACUGAAAAUGACAGAAUUAUACUGCCAAAACGAUAUAUGGAUGAGAAUGAACCCGUCUCGAAAGAAACAACCUCGCUGUCAUCUUCGGAAGCCCCAGAAAUUUUGGAAUGCGUUGAUGUGACAGACUGGCUAAUGCUACGAGCACACGAUGCGGUUUCCAAACCCAACGAAGUUCGUGGUGGACCUAAAGACGCAUUAAUUGCUUUUGCGACGCAGCCUUCAGGAUCAUUACUUUAUCAAGAGGCUUUUCUCACAACAUAUCGCAGCUUUGUUGAGUCGGAUGAACUUAUCCAAAAAUUGAUUAAAAGGUAUUUGUUUAUGUGUACCGUAAAAGAACAGCAGUCAGUGAAAGUGGCUCGCCAAACUUUUUCAAUAUUGGUACGAGUAGUUGAUGAGUUGUGCGCGGUGGAACAAACACGAAAACUUAUUCGUCUAAUUACAAAAUUCAUAAAUCGCCUUGUUAAGGACGAAAAUUACACCUUUGCAAGGGUUUUGAGGAGAAGACUAAUGUCACGAAUGGACCUAAAGUCAACACAAAUGGCCACAUCAAAGGAGAGAAUUAAUAUGAGAGGACUGAAUUCAAGGCAUCUAACAAUAUUUGAUAUUCGCUCUGCAAUUAUCGCCAAACAAAUGACUUAUUUGGAUGCAGAAUUGUUCCAUAUGAUUGAGCCAGCUGAAAUGCUUUGGUGGGCACAAGAACAAAACGAGAAAAAAAGCCCAAACUUGUGCCGUUUUACCGAGCAUUUUAACAAGGUCUCAUACUGGGUCCGAACUCUCGUCUUGACACCAAGUGAGCAGAAAACACGUGAAAAAAUGAUGUCGAAAUUUGUCAAAAUAAUGAAGCAUUUGCGCAUUGUGGGGAAUUACAAUUCCUAUUUGGCGAUCUUAUCAGCACUAGAUUCGAGCCCCAUCCGGAGACUGGAUUGGUCCAAACAUAUCACCGAUCUCUUGAAAGAACAUUCCGUUGUGAUGGACAGCUCACAUUCUUUCAAAAAUUAUCGCACAUUGCUGGGCGAAAGCCGUCCCCCAUGUUUGCCUUACAUAGGUCUUGUUCUGCAAGAUCUAACAUUUGUACAUAUCGGGAACAGCGAUUAUUUACCGCCAGAACAAAGCAAUGGUAGGAAGAAUCUCCUAAACUAUGGCAAAAGAUGGCAACAGUUUGCAAUUCUGGACAGUGUCCGAUGUUUCAAAAGCUGGAAUUACUCGAUAGAAAAGGAUGAAAAGGUUAUUCAGUUCUUUAAUGGAUUCAACAAUUAUUUGAGUGAAGAUGAGAUCUGGGAUCUAUCAGAAACAAUAAAACCGCGAACGCGAAAGAAUAAAUAA